AUGGUUCAUAGUAUUUCACCAUUAAAAAUCAAUCCAAGUUCAUUAUUUCAAAUACGUCUCGAACAAGACACGCUGACCAUGCGCGGGUCACCCUCAGAAUCUGUCGGCUGCGUACUAAGAGGUCAACUAGUUCUUGCGCUAAACGAACCCAUAAAGGUUCGUGAAAUUCGAAUGAUUUUUCGAGGAAAAUCCAAAGUCAAUUGGAUUGAUGGCGUUGGUGCGGGCCAAUCAUAUCACUCUGAAGAACGUAUAUUCUAUCAACACGAAUGGACUUUUCUUCCCGCAAAAAAGAAUUAUCACAUUCUAAGUCCAAAAAAUUAUUGCUGGGACUUCGAACUAAUUCUGCCGGGUAUUUUACCAGAAACCGUGGAAGGAUGUGAAAAUGGAUACGUACAUUACAAAUUGAAAGCGGUUGCAGAACGACACAAAUUCGCGCUUAACCUCAACACACAACGUGCUGUGCAUAUCUUACGAUGCCCAUUACCCACCUCGCUUGAUUGCACCCAGAGCCUUGUAAUUGCAAACACAUGGAGCGAUAAAGUCGAAUACGAGAUUGUAGUCGCGUCACGCGCAUAUACGUUUGGCGAAAAAAUUCCUAUCGAUAUAACACUGAAACCGUUACAAAAACAUUUGGCGGUGAAAAAAUUCACGUGUUCACUCAAAGAGUAUACAACGUAUCAUGUUGGUCAGCAUACAAAAAAGUCAAAUCGAAUAAUUCGAAUAGGACGUGAUGAUAAAUUUCCGAGCAAGGGUGACUUGUGGACCACCACUGAACUGUUACAAAUUCCGACGUCGAGUCCUUUUUGCCAGUACGAUACGCAGAAUGAAAUUAUUCGCGUGAGGCAUAAAUUGAAAUUCACAAUACAAUUUAUUAACGAGGAAACAAAGCAUCUUUCGGAAUUACGCGCGUCAAUGUCAAUUAUUAUUACACCGAUAAAUGGCGACGCAAUGUUUUUGCCUGCUUAUGAUGAACAUUAUCUUGGCGCAGAAAUGCGUGAUUGCAAUUCUAUACUUCCACCUAUUUCAAGAGAUAUACUUUCUUCCUCUGAUAAUUCAUCGACCUUGUCGGGAUCCUCCGGAUCAUCAACAGAACAUAAAUUUCCAGAGUUUGAUGAUCUGGAACUUAUGAAAUUACCGACUUAUCGUAGUAUCACUGCUUUAAUACCAGCCCCUGUUUAUGAUUCCCUACCUCCAACAUAUGAUGCAUGUAUUGGAACUCAUUAA